CAGUUGUGGUCUUUUGAUAAAGGAUUCUUAUUCGGGGUGAAGGCAGACAUGGAGGAGCUAAGCGCCGUGGGAGAGCAGGUUUUUGAUGCGGAAUGCAUUUUAAACAAACGCCUGAGAAAGGGAAAGUUGGAGUUUUUGGUGAAGUGGAGGGGAUGGUCAUCCAAACACAACAGCUGGGAGCCCCAAGAAAACAUCCUUGACCCCAGACUGUUGGCUGCAUUCAACAAGAAAGAGCACGAAAAGGAGCUUCUGAUGCUUAAAAGAGGAAAAAGGCCAAGAGGACGACCUCGGAAAAUCCUUGAAAAUGUGCCUGAAGCUCCAAAGUCAAGCAGCUCUUCAUCUGGCUCCUCAUCAUCGUCCUCCGAUUCCUCAUCCUCAUGCUCAUCCUCUUCAUCCUCAUCAGACGACGAAGAUGACAGCAGCCACGUCAAACAGGUGAACCCAAGUGUCAGAACAAGAGACCUGCAUCCUGUCCCUCAGAAGAAGGCCCAGAUCGUCAUGGCCAAACAGGAGCCCCCAAAGAAACGGAGCAGGAAACCUCUCUCCCCUGAAAUGAAGGAAUUUCCACAGAACAAGGGCCCUCGCAAAGUCCUGAAGACAACCAAAGAUGAAGAUCUUCCAGGAGCAAUCAAAAAGCCUGUUCACCCAGCAAGCUUCACCUUCAUGGGUUUCCAUCGGGGCUCGGCCAGGGAAGCAGUCGGUGGUCAGAACAGGAGCCCUCUGGCUCAGGGUGGGGCUGUGAAAAACUCCACGAGCUCCGUGGGAUCUGGCAGGUCGUCAGUCCAACCUGCCUCCCUCUCCAUGAACAAAUCCAACCAGAGCAAAAAUGUCACUGAGGGUAAACUUUCCAUAUCCAGUAUAAGCAGUGGGACAAGUCUGGAUUUGAAAGCAGCUGCUAGCAAAUCAAAAGGCGUAGCAGCGUUGAAUUUGAAUACAUCAAAACACCCCAUUCAAGGGACCACUCAGCAUACACUGAGCUCCCCCAAUGGACAAAAGAAACCCCAGGCCCCUGGGUCGACAGUGCAGCGGAUACCCAAUACUAAACCUUCUUUGCAGUCGAAAAAUGCCUCUUCCAAUCAAGGUCCUGGUCUGCAGCCCCUCAACCUCCAGAACAAAGGGGCGCAAAGCAAUGAUGCUCCUGGAAAUGGUACUACACCAACAACAGGCCCAAGAAAUGCAACAAACCCAGCAAGGAAAACUACAGUGACACAAAGUCAGGAGUGUAAUCCUCCUAAGAGCCCAGUGACCCCUGGAAGACCGCCGGCCAGAAAAACACAGCCUGGAGCAGACAAGGUCAGAGAGGUGAAUGAAAUCCAGACCUCCAGAGUGCAAGGCAGGCUGGAGAAGAGCAGUGUGCAUAAAUCCUCAACAGAAGUCCAGGGCCAGCACGAGAGAUCAGCCUCCAAAGAUGGCAAGAAGGCCAAAAUGAACGACAUGAGCACAGGAGAGGAGGAGAGCAGCUCGGACUCCGACCAGGAUUCUUCGUAUGCCGGACAGGGUCACUCUGUUGGGGUCCAAAACCAGGACUGGAAGCCGACACGUAGUCUGAUUGAACAUGUGUUUGUAACAGAUGUCACUGCUAAUCUGGUUACCGUCACAGUCAAGGAGUCGCCAACCAGUGUAGGCUUCUUCAGCAUUCGCAACUACUGACCGGACAAAUAGAGCAGGGUUCUCAACGAACUAGAUGAACAUUUGGCUGGAGAAUCACAUCAGGGAAGGAAUUUAUUUUUCAUCUUCUUUUAGUCAAGACCAAUUUUAAACACAUGAAAGUACUGAAAGUCAGUUAUUGAUUGUAAUUAUUUAUUUGCUCAUGUCGAAAAACUGCAUUUUGGUUUGGCCCGAUAAUCUCAAAGAUACAAGUAUUGUUCCAAAACUGCAUUGUUACUGGAAAAAAAUAACUUAUUCAGCAUAUUCUUCUUUUAAACAUUAAGUUUAAACUCCAGUGAUUAUGUAUCUGUGAGAAAUAUUUGCAUUUAUAUAUUCAUAUUGAUCUCUGUUAAUGAGGGUAUCUGCUUUGUUUUUAUACAGCAUUGCAGAUAGAAGGAAUGUCUUAAUGAAGAAAUUAUGAAAGGUAGGCGUGAGCAGGAGGGCUAGUUUCUUUUAUAGAUAGCAGACAUUUAGUGUAUGAUAAUCUGUGGAUGUUGUGAAUCCUAAUAGCUACCAUAAGCCAAUUUUAAACUCUGUAGUAUUGAGUCAAUAGUGUGGUUUAUUUUUUGUAAGGUUUCAUAAAUUAGCUACCUCUGUUUUUUCAGCAUGUGCUGCAUAUGUAUAUUCAUUUCUUAUGGGUUAGGAAAACCUUUCCCUCCAGGGUAUACUAUCGUUGUGUCAAAUUGCUUUUAUAUAAAUGUAUUGGACUUUCAUGCUGCGUAAACUUGUGUUAGUAGCAGCAACCAACUCAAGCUGCAGACAACAGCUUCAUUUCUGUGUACUGAAAAAGCUCAUCAGGAGUGUCUCCAAGCUCCACGCAGUGUUGAACCGUGCGCACCAUUAUCGCCUGAAAAAGAAGAUUCAUUCCACAGUGCAGCCACUUUAUCAGCGCAGUUUUCCAAACGGGCUGAAGCAUGCAGGGAGUUAGAUACAGUAUCUCUGUUCCCCCUCGAUGCUCAGAUAAAACUCGGCCCUGGCUGAGGUUUGCUGUUCCGCUUUUGCAUCAGUACUGUCCUUCAAGGAGAUAUUCACCAGCAACUUUCUCAGACUUGUAAUUAAUACAGACAAAAACCAGAAAAUGAGUGUGAACAUAGCAGGAAGAUUAAGAACACGACACCUGGUGUGUCACACCCUCCCAUGGGUCUUUAGCUGCUUUGAAACCACAAUGGGAAAGGUUGGGUGUGGAUGAAGCUCAACAAUAAAUGGCUCAGUAUUGUUUGACUACGAAACAUCAGAUAUCAUCAUGUCCAUGCUAGUUUUUUCCAUAACCGACAUCCCUUUUUUUUUUGCUAGUAUUGUGUUUUUUGGGGGUUUUUUGUUACUUGCAGCUGUGGACAUCUCAUUUCACCCCGCAUGCAUGGGUUCAGGAGCUGCAGGCUUGGCCUCCCAGACAAAAAGAAAAAAGGUCUUUAUCUGAUGUAACGGAAAAGAAACCGCAACAAUGUGCGCUACUUUCUGCUCCCUUGAGAGGAGUUCAGCAACAAAGCACUUCGACUGAACUCUUCUGUCUAAUCCUGCUCUGCAGACUGUGCCUUUCUUUCUCUCAAAGACUAAACACAAAGGCAUUACCCCAAAGAUAGGUAGAAUUUCAGGUUGUUCAAUAAAGGAGUAUCCCUAGAGCAUAGCAUGGAGACUAUACCUUUUUUUUUUAUUUCCUUGUCUGGAUUGUUUUGAAACGGAGGGGGGAAAGCCCGGCUGGAAGACUUAACACAAAUGUAUGGAACAGACAAAUAUUGGAUGCCUUAUUGAAACCAUAAGAGUGGUUUAGGUCCAAGUUAUAGAAGUAGUUUCCAUCCAGGAAUUCAUAUUACAUGUGUUACUGGUAGGUAUAGCUUCAACAUACUGUACAUUUCUCUCAGAGUCAAGGAAAUCCACCAGACAAUAGGUUAAAGAUUAGUCUAGGGUUAAUCAAGAUGUCUUUUACCACUAUUAUGUGAUAGGCUAUGGGGUAAUGCAAGAUGUUUGUGAUUUUUUGUACAUGCUUUUUUUUAUUUGAUGAAAAGAAAGAACCUGGCAUCUUCUUUUUAGGUCUACUAACCAUCUCAGUGAAACAUUUUCCUUUUUACAAACUAUUUAUUUCAAAUUUAAAGCCUUUCAAGAAUAGGACUGUGACAUCAAUCUUUGUAUCGUGCCACUUGUCAAAUUGACUAAUAAAUGGUACAACUCA